AUCACCAUGGAUGGAUGGGUGGAUGGUUGGAUUUUUGAUGAUUGAUUCUCCAGGGGAAAUGUGGGGCCUAUAGUAACAAAAACCACCGGCCUUACAUACAUACACACUAUUUACACACAUACUAACACAAUGCAAAGACAAGACAAAGUGUAAUAACUUUCAGUGCGAUGUGGUUCACUGUGAAACCUUUUCACAUCGUACAGUAUGUGGGAUGAGGAUACUUGUUUAGACCGAGAUGCUGGAGACAGGGCAGUCAUCGAGAAGCCUGAUCACAGCCUCUAAUAGUGCUUCCAUUUCAGUACAAUUGGUAGAGUUGGAGCUGGGCAUCACGCUUUGGCGGGCAGGAUGUUCUACAGUGUUGCCCCAAUCUUGAGUCAUUCUUGUGAUCAAUCUGGCUUUGUUAAGCAGAAUGUUGUGGUGUGUAUUGAGGUAUGUCCUGGGAUUUUGGCCACAAGUAUCCGGAAGUGAUUGAGUGAUCUGCGAGCAAUGAUGUAUGGAGAACGAUGUGUGUAUUCUGGUCGCUAUUGAUUGAUGGAAUAUCUUCUGUAGCACACUUUUUGCCCUAUAGAAAUGAGCUGCAUUUGCUGCUAUAGUUAGAUUUUUUUUUUUUUUUAGAUUGUUGUUUGGGGUUUGAAUUGCCACUGGGCUGCUUGGCAACCUGAUCCAGAAAGAAUAACCUGAUCUGGGCUUUCCUCUACAGCACAGUCUGACGUUCUGGUAGACACAGGAGUGAGAUUACAUGGGGGAUCAAUCGAGCUCACUUCCCACACUUUAGUUGUCUGGUACUAUACUUUUGAUGAUAAAUCUAAAUCAUAGCAAUGACAAUGAUGUAAUCCAGAUGCCAAAACUAACUCGAUGAAGUCUGCACCCAUACUAAGGCCUGAAGACAAGUACAUCACCUUUCUAUGAUGUAGAUGUUCAGAACUCUGUAUAAUAACUAAUUACUGACACCCAUGAAAGACGAAUCUCCUUUUAUAUAUACAUAUAUAUACCGUACCUCAGCGUCGGAUCAAAGUCUCCAUAACCUAACCUGCCAGAAACCCAGCUCCAGCAAGCGGAUGUCUCCCCGUGGCAGCCGAUUUGUUCGGAAACCUUGGAAACGCCAAUGAAUGCGUAUCUGACGUAGCUAAGAAAGCAACGGACACCCAAACAUGGAGACAGAAACCCAGAACAGGAAGAGAAGGGAGAUGGCUUGUGUGUGGGUGUGCAAGCAUGUGAAAACUUUGUAUUUGCUGUAAACACAGAUAACAUGAGCACGCAGUGAGAGAGAGAGAGAGAGAGAGAGAGAGAGAGAGAGAGAUUUAAAAAGGAAAAACAGUUCAGAAGUAUAGAGGGAAGGAGGAAGAGACAGGUCCACACAGCCCAGGAGAUGGCAGUAGAGAGAGAGACAGAGAGAGAGAAAGAGAGAGGGAGAGGUUGCUCAGUUUCUGUCCCGCCUCCCUCUAAAAGGCAGGAACACUCCAAGCAAGGGACAGAAAUCUGAAAGAGAGACAAGGUGAGAGAGAGAGAGAGAGAGAGAGAGAGAGAGAGAGAGAGAGAGAGAGAGAGCACGCGGCAGCAGCAGAGAGAAGAAUGAGGGUAUGAGAACAGCCGUGCACUCCUCCACUGUCCUCUCUCUAUUCAUCCUUUUCUACACUCGUUCUUUCCUUCCUUGUCAUUGCUCUCCAGCCUUUGAAAGCUCGGCAGGAUUCAGAUGAUGCCUGAUCUCAUCUGAUGCCGAGACUGAAAGAAUCGCGCUCUCACGAGUCGUUGCUCAGUCCCAGUAGUGCAGUGGAAGCUCUGGACCUCAGCAUGGAGGAGGAGGUACUCAUCAAGCCCGUACACAGCUCCAUCCUGGGUCAGGAUUUCUGCUUUGAGGUGAGCACCUCAACAGGAAGCAAGUGUUUCUCAUGUCGCUCAGCUGCCGAGAGGGACAAAUGGAUGGAGAACCUCAGACGAGCUGUUCACCCAAACAAGGACAACAGCCAUCGGGUAGAGAACACCCUUCGGCUAUGGGUGAUCGAAGCCAAAGAUCUUCCGGCCAAGAAGAAGUACUUCUGCGAGCUGUGCCUGGAUGAUGCCCUUUAUGCCCGCACCUCCUGCAAGCUGAAAGCAGACAAUAUCUUCUGGGGAGAGCACUUUGAGUUCACCAACCUGCCCCCUGUCCAAAACAUCACUGUCCACCUCUACAGGGACUCAGACAAGAAGAAGAAAAAAGAUAAGAACAACUAUGUGGGAUUGGUAAACAUCCCAGUAGAAAGUGUGACAAGUAGGCAACUUGUUGAGAAGUGGCACCCCGUUAGCACACCAAACCCAGGGAAGGGUAAGACCGCAGGACCCAUGAUCCGGAUAAAGGCCCGUUACCAAAGUAUGAAUAUCCUUCCAAUGGAGAUGUAUAAGGAAUUCGCUGAAUACACUACCAACAACUACAUGCUGCUCUGCUCUGUGCUGGAACCAGCCAUCAGUGUCAAGAACAAAGAGGAGAUGGCUUGCGCCCUGGUACAUAUCCUGCAAAGCACUGGGAAAGCCAAGGACUUCCUGACGGAUCUGAUGAUGUCCGAGGUGGACAGAUGUGGCGAGAACGAGCACUUGAUCUUUCGCGAGAACACGUUGGGCACCAAAGCCAUCGAGGAGUACCUCAAACUCGUGGGCCAGAAAUAUCUUCAGGAUGCACUGGGGGAGUUUAUAAAAGCGCUGUAUGAGUCAGAUGAAAAUUGUGAAGUAGACCCAUCGAAAUGUUCAGCCAACGACCUUCCUGAACACCAGAGCAACCUGAAGAUGUGCUGCGAGCUCGCCUUCUGCAAAAUCAUCAACUCCUACUGUGUUUUUCCACGAGAACUGAAAGAAGUGUUUGCAUCGUGGAGGCAGGAAUGCAGUAACCGCGGGCGUCCGGACAUCAGCGAGCGUCUGAUCAGUGCCUCAUUGUUUUUGCGUUUCCUGUGCCCGGCCAUCAUGUCUCCGUCCCUGUUUAACCUGACGCAGGAAUAUCCAGAUGAACGCACGGCUCGCACACUCACACUCAUCGCUAAGGUCACGCAGAACCUCGCCAACUUCACCAAGUUCGGCAAUAAGGAGGAGUACAUGUCCUUCAUGAACCAGUUUUUGGAGCACGAGUGGACCAACAUGCAACGCUUUCUACUCGAGAUCUCCAACCCAGAGACUAUCUCCAACACGGCCGGAUUUGAAGGCUACAUCGACCUUGGCCGUGAGCUCUCCACGCUGCACUCCUUACUAGCCGAGGUCGUGUCUCAGAUGGAUCAGGCUGCCACCUCCAAACUGGGUCCAUUACCCAGAAUCCUCCGAGAUGUUCACACAGCACUGACUAAUCCGUCAAGUGUUCAAGCUGCUGUGCCGUCUGAUAGCGCUCCGUCCCCUCCGCCUGCUGGGUGCAGCGUUUCUACUAGCCUGCAAAAAAUGACUAUGGACAGUGAUCUAUCAGGCUUGGUUGACUUCACACGUCUGCCCUCGCCAACUCCAGAGAACAAGGACCUGUUUUUCGUGACACGUUCCUCAGGUCUCCAUGGCUCACCCGCCCGCAGCUCCAGCUACUCCGAAGCCAACGAGCCUGAACUUGGCCUGUCCAAUGGCGCUAAAAGCCUGUCCAUGGUGGACCUACAGGAGGCCACCAGGACUUUGGAAAUCAUCCCGGUCACAACAGAAGGUAAUGUUGAGAAGCACAUGGUGGCUUGGAACACCCGGGCGCCACAGUGCAACCCAUCCGGAGGCCCAACGAUCCAGAAACUGGGGCAGAAGUCGAUAAGUACAGCAGGAGAGGUGGUACCAGGCAGGCCGGUCCAGCUCCUCGCCCCUCUGUCUUUCCAGAACCCCGUGUACCAGAUGGCGGCAGGAUUGCCUUUGUCCCCAAGAGUGCCAACUGGUGGAGACUCCGGCUCAGAAUGUCACAGCUCUCUCAGCUCGCACAGCAACAAUGAGGAAGCCGGGUGCGGGAAACUCAGCUUCCUGAACCAUGGGGGUGGGGUCGGGGAUGAGUUGGCCAGACGCUCUGGGGAGUUUUCAAGAAGGCAGCUCUCGCUUACAGAAGCACAGCAUGGAGGAUGCCAAUCUGCAGUGCCACGGCAAAACAGCUCCGGGCCCCAGCGUCGAAUCGACCAACCACCACCACCCACACAGGUUGGCGCCCCCCGCGGACGGACUCCGCCCAGCAUGCUGAGCUCUGUCCCUUACCCACGGCCCUCGAGCGGCAGCGCUGUUUCGUCGUCACCUGAUUGGCCGGGGAGUGGUGCGAGACUUCGUCAGCAGAGCUCGUCGUCCAAAGGGGACAGUCCUGAGACGAAGCAACGGUCACAGCACAAGGCCCCUUCCCCAGUGAUCCCCAGUGCGUUGGAUCGUACGGCUGCAUGGUUGAUGAAUGUGCCAUACUUGGAGCAGGACUCAGAGACAGAUCGCAGGGACGAUCAGGCACUUAAUGAUAAGUAUCAGGCAGAGAUAUCCAUGCUGCAGGAUCAGCUACGCGCGUGUGUGCAGCAGCUGGAGCAGUGUGAGUCUCGGCUGCACUCUCAGGACGAUCAGGCUCAACAGCUGCUGCUGCAGUACCAGAACCGUCUGGAGGAAGCUGAGCAGAGACUGCAACGCCAGCAGGAAGACAAAGAGCUGCAGAUGAAGAGCAUCAUUAGUAGGUUGAUGUCUGUUGAAGAUGAGCUGAAAAAAGAUCAUACUGACAUGCAGGCCAUAGUCGACUCCAAACAGAAAAUUAUAGAUGCACAGGAAAAGCGGAUAGCUUCUCUGGACGCCGCGAAUGCGAGGCUCAUGGCCGCUCUGUCUCAGCUGAAGGAGCGCUACAGCAUGCAGACUCGCAACGGCAUCUCACCCACCAACCCCACCAAGCUGCAGAUCACUGAGAACGGAGAGUUUCGCAACACCUCCAACUGCUGAAGCCCAAAUAGAGAAACAUUCACGCCUUGACCCGGACUGAAAGAAUGGAUGAGGGCAGGAGACACAGACGUCACUGGCGGAGAAAGAGAAUGGCUCUUGAACCCAAGCGAGUUCUUUUUGAAUGAAAGAGGAACUGUUUGCAAAAAGUCGUAAAAUUCUAUUGGCUGUCCUCGUCUGGGACAUGAGUGAAACCUCAGACUUGUGGCUGUGACCUGGCAGUAGUGUCUGCUACUUCAAGUUUAGGACAAACCACUAGAUGUAAAUCUCUAUCAGAGUGUCUACGCGUAAACAAAAAGGACAUACUGGUACAUCGCUUUAUCAAUAUGGACACUCCAACUUGAUCCUACAUCCAAAUCGUUCCUUGGGAAAAGGUCAUUCUCUGAAGCUUUUAGUAUGACAGAAAUGCUAAGCUUCUUCAGGACAUCAGGUGCUGCCUUGCACUCUUUCUCCUACACGGACUGUCCUCUCUCAGACCGCUCCACAAUUCGCCCAUACGUAGUGCACUUUGUGAAUUAUUAACAUAAUAAGCCUUAAAAAAAAAAAAAAAAUAGAACUGCAGCUCCUUUAUCCCUUGAUCUGUGUCUGUAAGUAAGGUAAAAAGUCAAAAGUAUUAUUUAUUUUUAAACCUAGUCUAGACAAGAAAUGAACAGUCAAUUACAUAUAAAAUUUAUUAUAUAUGAGUAUGUACUGUGCAGUUACACUCUGUAUGUACUAUAUAUGUGUGCACACACACACACACACACACACACACACACACCACACCACAGCCAUAUACUCAAAGGUCAUACAUGCACAGUACUUCAAUAAUAAAAAAAGAAUUAUUGCAGAGUAGUUUAAUAUCAGAUGAUAUUACAUAAUAACAAUAAUAAGAAUGCAUUCAAUAUAUCAUCACUAUAUCAGUGAGAUCCUCCUAAAGCUUCAACAGCACUUUAUUCUGCUAGCUAUGCCAUUUCCUGACCAAUUUUUCUACUCUGCAGUUUUGUUUUGUUUUUUUUUUUUACCUCCACAUACAUAUAGUUUCCACUUUAUUCAAUCGAUACUUCCUAAGACUUUGUUAAUGACUCCAGACACCAAGUAUGCAGUCAGUUCCUGCUAUUAUACAUUAUUUAUUAGCGUAUAUGCUUAAAAUGGCCUCCUUAGACUCGUGAUGAUUUAAAUAUAUACAUAGAUAUAAUUAUUUUGACUGUAACUUGCCAUGGACGCGUCAGUUAAAAUGUUAAGGAGCAUUACGGUGAGCACUGGCAGGACCCACAAGCGUGAAUUCGACGUCAAUUUGCACACGGCCUCUUUGUGUUGUUUUGUUUCCCACUUCUGUGCCUUCUUUCUUUGAAGGCAGCUUUGUUGUUGUUUUUUUCGUUCUUACGUGUGGCACCAGGUAUAGUCCGUAGUCCUUCAGCGUGUCUAGAGCUUGUAUAUUUUUGUAUUCCUGUUCAUAACUGCUUAAGGCGCCACAUGCAGUUAUUUCUGACGUGCACUGUGGUGAAAUGUGACGCUGAAGCUUUAAUUCAGCCAUUCCCCCCCCCACCCCCACUUCCCCUCCCCACCACUACGAAACACGAGAGACAAACGUGGCUCUCUUUAUUCGACUGCAAAUAAUCAAGCGAUGCAACAGGCCUGGGCCUUGGGAGCUCUUGGGAAAAUGAAAAUGGUAUCGCUAUUUUUUACAUGUUCUUGAAAAAAAAUUGAAAUAGAGAAGGUCUGUCUGCUGUAGCAAGACAAGAGGUGUGUCCUGUAAAUAUUCAAAAAUAACAAACUAUAUAUAUAAAUAUAUAUAUAUAUAUAUAUACACUUCAACAUGUGUUCUGCUGAUAGGACUUAGAGAUACCAUUUCCUACAAUGUUACUGCUGUUUAAAUGGGAUGUGUCAUUUUAUUUUUGAUAUAUCCAGUCGUGAAUGCAGUUGUCCCGCUGAUUUAUUAUUAUACAUCGUGAUCAUGAUGCAAAAGAUUUGUUUAUCCAGAGAGUUUACAGAUUACAGAAGCACAAAAAUUUUUUAAAAACCCUAUCAUUUUAUUCUGCGCUGUUAAAUACACAUUAAUCCUAUGCACUUCUUUUUUUUUUACAUGACAUUGAAGAUGGAUCCUCAAGUUAGAUCAAUUCCUGGUAGAAAUGGCAAAAUACGCAGCAGUAGGCCGCUAGAAAUCGAGGUUCUACUAAUUGGAAGGUCAAGAGAAGGUCAAAUCCUAGAACUGCUCUACUGUACAGUAGAGCUGCUGUUUGGUGCUUGGACCCCCAAACUAUGAACUUUCGUAGGCUAUGAGUCACUUCGUACAAAGUGAACCCUUUGAAAUGAACGUCAGUGUGGAUUAAGAAAAUAGCGGAUAGAAGUCUGAACCAUGUAGCAAAUCAGAAAGUUAGGUUUCCUUCAUUUUUUUUUUUUUUUUCCACUUCAGAUGAAUAACUACGUAGUCAAAAUCAAGGUGCGAGUCAUUUGUGAGUGAACGGCCCUGAAAUGGAAGCACUUUCUGGAGUUUGUUAUUUCAUUUUGAUCAAUUCUAAUACGUUUGGUGCUCUUGAAAUUGUCCUAAUUUGUAGCCAGUGACAUCUAAAUGAACACGCGCUGCAGCUCUAUUGCAUUUCAGCACUAGUCAAUCUUAAAGCCGUAGCCACGCUUAAAGCCCAUAUUUCAACUGAACUGUAGGCCUUGCCAAAUGACAAUCUCUUCAGAACAUCACGUGAACAUCAAGUGAUUAAGUCAUUGUGUUGAUUCUUAUAUACUGUACAUACUACUGUGCAGCAUACAAAGAAAACGAUCCGCUAGAAGCUCCAGGUCCUUUUUCGUUUAGCUCUAGAUCGUCAGGUAUCUCGGUGGCACACACUUGUUCUCAGCAGUCGAUGUGGUAUAUAAGCUUUGUCAAAAGAGACACGAAUCUCUAAACGAAUACGAGACUAUGUUAUAUGUUGUAUAAUCCUUGUAGAGAAACUUUUGUAAGUAUGUUUAAAGUAUUGGCUUCUUUUGAGGAUGAUGAAAACAAUAAUGUACAGAGAGAUAUGUCCAUGUUAAGACCUAUGAAAAUGUGGCUGUGCAAUUUAAAUGUACAUUGGCAACUAGGAUGAUUAAAGUUUUAUUUAGAUAUUUUAUAA